AUGAGUGAUACCUCUCCAGAUGAAAAUACUAGUCUUUUUACUGAAUCAGUUAAUUAUUCUUCUAGUGUAAGUCUACAAAACACUGAAAACGAGAGUAAAAGUAACCGAGAUAAUCAAAAAUCCUUAGAUGAACAAUACCAUAAAUAUAAUCUGACUUUGCCUAAAUUCCCUAUUUUGUUUUCACUUUGGAUGGGUAGUUUUUUAAGUGCUUUAGAUGGUACUGUAGUGGCCAAUAUCAUGAACCCCGUGGCUGAAGAAUUCCAACAAUCAGAAUUAAAACAUUGGAUAGCUACAAGUUACCUUUUAACAAAUACUGCAUUCCAACCUUUGUAUGGUAAAUUAUCAGAUAUUACUGGAAGAAAAUUUGCUGUAUUAACCGCUCAUUUCUUUUUUGGACUAGGUUGUUUCUUAACAUGUUUUACACAAAAUGUUCCACAAUUUGCUUUGGCUAGAGCAAUUUGUGGUAUCGGCGGUGGUGGCAUUAAUGCUUUAAGUAGUAUCACUGUAAGUGAUAUAUGUACCACGAGAGAAAGAGGUGUCUACCAAGGGUAUGCUAAUAUUGUAUUUGGUACAGGUCAAUUACUCGGAGGUCCUUUAGGUGGUUUUCUAUUGGAUACUAUUGGUUGGAGAGCAGUAUUUGCAUUACAAGUACCACUUCUAUUGACUUGUUCAUUCUUUGCUUGUAGGAAUGUUAAUAUUAAAUUGCUUCACGUACCACCAAGACAUGAAAGGUUCACCUGGGCCAAUAUUUCUAGGAUCGAUCUUGCUGGAUCUAUAACUUUAGUGUUUACUAUUAGUGGACUUUUAUUUUUAACAUCUUCUGAAUGGAAUAAAACCCUUUUGACAAUGUUUACAGUAUUUUCUUUUAUUAUAUUUUUGCUCAUUGAAAUAUAUGUGGCUAAGGAACGAAUUAUUCCAUUUGAAUUAUUAAAAGGCUCUUUUGGUCUUUCUUCUAUUGCAACUGUUAUCUCUUCUUUUAUCAUAUAUGGUGAUAUAUUCAGAUCUCCGAUUUAUUUACAGUUAGUUCAAAACAUUGGUGUUACUGUCACUGGUUUAUAUGCAAUUCCCCCUUCUAUCACUACUGCAAUAGGAUCAGUAAUUACAGGAUCUAUUCUGAGACACACUAAGUUAAAUUUAGCUCAUUGCUCAUCCAUACUAGUUAUGAUUGCCAUUGGCUUACAAUUGAUUGGAUUAAUAAUAUCAUAUUAUUUGAUUAGUCAUAUUCAACCUUCUGUUCCAAUUCAAGAUUCAAUCAAGAUACUCUUAUUCUCUUCUACAUAUCAAUUUAGAUCCGAUUCUAUAUGGUGGAAAAUAAUUUUUAUUUUAGCACUUUGUACUGUAUCAUUCGGUUAUGCCACUCUCUUAGUUUCAACCUUAGUUAGUAUUGUCUUUUCUAUCGAGAGAUCACAGCAAGGUACCAUUACAGGUAUUUUUUAUCUAUGGAGAUCAAUUGGUAAUGUACUUGGUGCAUCAUUAACUUUAGUAGUUUUUGAAAAAUCAUUAGCAUCAAAACUAUGGAAUUAUAUGUUUGGAAAUGAACAACAAACUUCAUUCCAUUUCACUAAGAAACAUUUCAAUAAUUUGAUUUCGGAUUCAAGUUAUUUAAGAUCUGGAGCUUUUCCAGUGGACAUUUUAGCUGACUUGUUAAGUGUUUAUAGACGUGCAUUUUUAGAUUCUUACUUACCAAACACUUCAUUAGCAAUAAUAGGUUUAAUUGUUACCAUCAUUUUAUAUCGACUACAUACAAAAAGAGCUCAAUUAUUUACUACUUCCACACAAGUAUAA